AUGGUUUUUUAUGUGAACAAUGCCUUUGAGUUCGUCUACUAUGGCAUCUACUUAUUCGGCUGUACGAUGGAGGUAUUUCCCACCUGCUACUUUGGCACUUAUUUCGAAAUCGAAUUCGACCAAUUGACCCAUAUGCUGUUCUCGUGCAAUUGGAUGGAUCAGGGGCGUGAAUUUAAAAAGAAUUUGCGCAUUUGUGUAGAGCAGUCGUUGCGGAAACGUAGUUUUCGUGUCGGUGGCAUGUUUCAUAUAAACUUGAAUACCUUCUUUGCAACUUGCAAGGGUGCCUACUCACUAUUGGCGCUCGCCCUGAGCAUGAAAUAACUCGGAUGAAUGAAGAGGAAUUUGUUGAAGAUAUCUAACAAAAAAACUUAAAAAAAAAUACACAAAUAUCAGCUUAAAUAUUUUCACCAUGCACUUUUAAUGUAGCCUUUAGAUUGCAAUAAAUU